UUGGGGAAACUAAACCCUUUUUUUUUUGUUUUCUUUUUAUCUCUCUCUCUCUCUCUCUCUCUCUCUAUGUUUUUUUCCUCUUUCAAUUAAUGAGCUGAGCUUGAUCCCCACACUCAUUCAGACCUCUUCUCUCUUUCUCACUUCCUCUGUUUUCCAGUCUGCGUGAAUCAACAACUGUUCUUGAUUUAGAGACACAAAAGUUCAUCACUACUCUGCUCUAGUUUUUUCGACAGUUUUGUUUUCUUUCCUCUUCAUCAUCACUCUGCACUAGUUUGGUUUCCGGCUCUCUGCUUGACUAAAUUUUCUACUAGAGCAUAACAUUUGGAGAUCUGUUGGUGGUACACAAGGAGAGUCUUUUCUCGUCUAUAUAACAACCGCUGGGAUUAAACAAAUGGGUGGUUGUGUAUCGACUAGUAGUAAGAGUACGUGCAGUAGCUGGAGCAAUGGGGAGAAGCCUGUGCGUCGACCAUACCUUGGGAUUGGUUGUUGUGUGAGCAAAAGGGCGAAGAGAACCUUCUCAGACCACAUCGUCUCGUUGCAGAACUUGAGUUCUAUACCAAAUCGAAUUACCAGCAGCAGCAAGAGCAGGAGCUCUUGCAUUUUCACUCAACAAGGACGCAAGGGUAUAAAUCAGGAUGCCAUGAUUGUGUGGGAAGAUUUUAUGUCUGAAGAUGUGACCUUUUGUGGUGUAUUUGAUGGUCAUGGUCCUUAUGGCCAUCUUGUUGCUAGAAAGGUGAGAGACACAUUGCCUGUGAAGUUGCAAUCUUUCUUCCAUAGGCUUCAGUCGAAGCAAAACGGUUCUAAAGGAACUCGAUUCAGAAGAAACUCAAGCAAAUCUGCUGUCCAAGAAGCUGUUAAAGAAGGAUCUGAUGAAGAUAAACUAAAAGGCUUGUGGGGAGAAGCUUUCAUGAAAUCGUUUAAAGCCAUGGAUAAAGAACUGCGGUCUCAUCCUAAUCUGGACUGCUUCUGCAGUGGCAGCACUGGUGUAACAAUUCUUAAACAGGGCUCUAAUCUCUUCAUGGGAAACAUUGGAGAUUCCCGGGCCAUCCUUGGAUCAAAAGAUAGUAAUGAUUCUAUGGUGGCAACUCAACUAACAGUUGAUUUGAAGCCGGACUUACCGAGGGAAGCUGAGAGGAUCAAACGGUGUAAAGGUCGAGUAUUUGCGCUGGAAGACGAGCCCGAGGUGCCACGAGUCUGGCUACCUUAUGAUGAUGCACCUGGAUUGGCCAUGGCUAGGGCGUUUGGUGACUUCUGUCUAAAAGAGUAUGGAGUCAUUUCAAUACCUGAGUUCACUCACCGUGUUCUUACAGACAAAGAUCAAUUCGUUGUUCUUGCCUCAGACGGAGUAUGGGAUGUGUUAAGCAACGAAGAAGUUGUUGACAUUGUAGCUUCAGCUACAAGCCGGGCAUCAGCAGCUAGGAUCUUGGUGAACUCAGCUGCACGUGAAUGGAAACUAAAGUAUCCGACUUCAAAAAUGGAUGACUGUGCAGUGGUGUGUUUGUUUCUGGAUGGUAAGAUGGAUUCUGAGUCGGAUUAUGAUGAACAGGGCUUCUCCUCUGCCACUAAUGCUGUAGAAUCAGAUGAUGGCCAAAGAUCAGAACCAUGUCUCCAAAGAAACUUCACAGUUAGAUCAUCAUCAGAUCAAGAAAAUGAGACUAACGGUAAUGUGAAUACAGAGACUGAUGCAGAGGAUGAGAAGACGGUAGGUGAUCAAAACUGGUUGGGUCUAGAAGGUGUCACACGCGUGAACUCACUUGUCCAGCUUCCCAGAUUCUCUGAAGAGAAGUCGAAGACUUGA